ACACCAAAAAAAAAAAAAAUACAUGCUCGGAGAAUGAGUCCCUUACCAUGAAUAUAUAAAUUUAGUGAAAGUAUUGGGUCAGAUCGUCUGACAUAUUAUUUACUGUCAGAGAUGGGCUGAGCCCAAUACAUCUUCUCUCUCGCAACAACACCACUAUCUGCGUCACUUUCUCCAUUCCCUCACAAUUCUCCAUUCCCUUUUUCUAUAACUUAAAUGCUCACAACAUCAAAUUCUCUACUCUCUCUUUUUCAUCUCCCUCACGUUUCUCUUUUUCAACAUUUUGGAGCUUCUUUCCGUUUCUUCUCAAUGACACAGAAGAAAGUGAUGUUAAAGGUGCUAACCAUGACUAAUGACAAAACAAAGCAGAAAGCCAUAGAAGCUGCUGCUGCUAUCUUUGGUACAAAUAUAAAAUAUUCACCCAUCAUAUAAUAAAGUUAUGAUUUUUUUUAUAAUAACGUUAUUUUUUCUUUGGUAAUUUAUAAAAGUAUUAAUAUUAGUUAAACAGGGGUGGAUUCAAUAGCAGUGGAUUUAAUUGAAACGAUAAUAUAAGUAACUGAAAACUAAGUUGCUUUUAUUUAGAACUUAUUUUAUUUCAUUUACUUAAGUUUUGUUUUUAGUUAGAAUAAGACACGUAAAUGAAUCAAUAAGAUAAGUAACUGAACUUAAAAGACAUCCAACUGAAAAAAAAGAUCAACUAAAAAAAAUUAAAACCAAUUGAACAAAAAUUGAAACCAACUGAAAAAAUUGAAACCAACUAAACAAAAAUUGAAACCAACUGAAAAAAAAAGUUGAAACCAAUUGAUUUUUUUUUUUUGAAACCAACUAAAAAAAAUUGAAACCAACUGAAAGUCGUCCGAUCAAAUAUUAUGGUCAGACGUGUCUGACCCAAUACCUUCUCAUAAAUUUAUUAUAGUUACCUGUCAAUAUUAGUGUUUGACUAAUUGACUAACACAUGUAAAAAGUGGAGUAAUCUUUGCAUGUGUUAGGUCAUUUGGCUAAUUUUCAUUUUAGCGAUUGCACAUAUAAAGUCUAUAAAACCCUUGAGUGAUUACUUAGUAAAAACAAAUUGAUAUUUUCAGUAUGUAAGCAAAAUUUAGUAAAAUUCAAUAUUUAUUAUUUAUUGAAAAUCACUUGGUAAUUCAAGCCUUAAAAUUUCAACUAAUUUGGAUUAGGGCCAGGAUGGCCCAAUUGCAAGGGGGGGGGGGGUUCUCUCCAACAAGUGUUCUUGUAUUGCUAGUUUUAGAACUCAGACCUUUGAUUAAGUUAAUUACCUAGAAGAUCUUCUCAACUGAUGUUCCAAACACUAGCUAAUUAAAACGAUUGUACAGCUGCAUAAUUAGUAGGGUGAAAGUUUGGUAUACGGUUUGGAUUAUGGCCUAAUCAAUUUGAUCCGACAAAAUUUGGAUUUCAGUUUUCCAAUCCGAAUCCAAACCAAUUAGUUUUUGAAUUCGAUCCAAUCCAAUCCGAAAUUUAAUAUCCUAGAUUGGAUCCGAUCCGAAAAUUCAAUUUUUUCAAACUCGAGUUUUUCGAUGAAAUAAAUUAAUCACAAUAGCAGCCUAGUAGAUCUAGGAAUGAGGAAUUAAGUGUUGUUAGGGUUUUAGGGGAAGGUUUGAAAAGCUACGCCUACUAGGCUAUGGACUAGGAUUUUUUUUAUAAAAAAAAAUCAUUUAAGCACUUAAACCCAAUUCAGAUACAUAAUAUAGUGCAUAUUACUAUUCGAUUAUAUUGGAUUUUGCGAUCCAAUUACCCCCAAUCCAAUCCGACCCGAAAACCCAUUUUUUCAAAAAAUCUCAAUCUGAACACAGUUUCAAUCUGAUGAUCCGAAUCACUAAUUAGGAUUGGAUUGGAUUGGAUUUUAUCCGAAUAACUUUCGCCCCUAAUAGUUAGUGCCAAAAAAAACCCCUAUAUAACCACUUAGCCUCCUUUUUUUUGGCAAGAGGAAAGUAGCCAGCUGACUGUAAUGAAACUAACUAACAAGAUCUAUUAUUAACUGAGCAACUAUUUGAAGCAAACCUAAAUUAAUUUGUUCACAUGAGACAUCAAGCUAAGGUUGCUUGUGCAUGAUUGUGGGACAAACUAUAGAGUUAAAAUUAGCAGAAUAAAAAGCCAUAAUAACGAUAGAUAUUCAUAAUCAAUAGUGAAAGUAUUGGGUCAGAUCGUCUGACCCAAUAUUCUCGUCAGAUGGUGAGCCCAGUACUAUACAAUUUUAGUUUCGACGUCCCUCCACAAAACCAGCACCUCAAUCUUCUGAAAACAGCCCGGUAUAUUAAAAUGGAGGCGACGUCAUCGACAACAUCAACCUCGGUGGUUUCCGGUGACGGAUCAACAGUAGAUUCAAGCAUGAACUGGGUAACAUUAGGUGCCUUGUCCUGGAGAAGGUGGCUGCAUCCCUUGAACUUCCAUGUAAAUAUCAAAGUUUUGGAUAUGCCGACAUCGAUUAUCAAUGAUUCAUCGAUUAUCAAUGUAUGAUUCAUCGAUAAUCAAUUUAGCUCAGGAAAAUCUGACAAUUUAUAGGGGCUUGGAUGCUUCUUUUGGUGGGUGGUUGAGUAGGAAAUUGUCCCUGUCUAAUCCUUUCGAUGAUACCAUCGACCUGGAGGAAGUAACAGCACUGGUUUCAGUUUUUGAAAAUAGUGGUUCUCUUUUAGUAGAGACAAUCGGUAGGAAACAAAAUAUUAAAGGGUCUAACAAGCACAUAUUUUCCAGUGUUCACAAGGUUAGUGUUUUGUUUUCUUUUCAGUUGGUCUUUGUUUUCUUUCAGUUGGACUUUGUUUUCUUUCAGUUGGACUUUGUUUUCUUUCAGUUGGACUUUGUUUUGUUUCAGUUGGACUACCUGAAAAAGAAUGAAGACUAACUGAAAAAAAAUGAAGACUACCUGAAAAAGAAUAAAGACCAACUGAAACCCAAAGUAAGUCUAACUGAAGUACAAAAACCAACUGAAAAAAAAAGAAGACUAACUGAAAACAAAAUGAAGACUACCUGAAAAAAAAUGAAGACUACCUGAAAAAGAAUAAAGACCAACUGAAACCCAAAGUAAGUCUAACUGAAGUACAAAAACCAACUGAAAAAAAAAAGAAGACUAACUGAAAACAGAAUGAAGACUACCUGAAAAAAAAUGAAGACUACGUGAAAAAAAAAAUUAAGACUAACUGAAAAAAAAUUGGAACCACCUGAAAGUCAUCCGACCAAAAAUUAUGGUCGGACGAGUCUGACACAAUACGUUCUCUAAUCAAUAACAUCGAUAAUGCUGCAAAAAACACUCAGGAAGCCAAAAACUCGAGCGUCUCCACUCUAAACACGAGAAAGGUAACUUCUUCAAUUGCGUUCCCUUGUGCUGUAUUCACAAUAUCAUUAACGUUCAGCUAUACUUUAUUGUUCAUAAUUAUGUGAAAUUGUCGUGUGACAUCCAACUAAAAUGUGAAUUAAUCACUUUUCUGCCUUAUCUUUGGCACAUAUCAAGCAUGAAGCAUUUAUUCCUUGUUCCAAACUCUGCUUAAUUUGCUAAACAAACUUACUUAUCUUGCCUCGAAAAAUUACAUUGAGCACAAUAAUGGAGCAAUGUAAGAUGCAAGUAUUCGUAAAAAGAUCAUGCAUACGAAAAUUGAAGGAAAGCAGUCCUCAGAUUGCAGUCAUUCAAAUAACCACCACUAUAAUCUUCACUGUUUCAAUUGCAUUCUUUGUUGUAAUCCUUGGGAUGUUUGUUAAUGGUCGCCUUAGAAAAUUCCUCGUCUCUGAAGACUUCUCAUCAAUGCCAAACACACCAUUUUCCGGCACCGAAUCAUCAAAGAAAGUAUUUGGAGAGCUUGGUGACUGGAUAGCUCCGAGGGAAUUAUGGCACUCGAUGUCUGAUGGAGAGCUCAUGUGGCGUGCUUCAAUGGUACCUCACGUAAAGGAUUUCCCAUAUAAUAGGACACUAAAGGUGGCCUUCAUGUUUAUGAGCAGGCAGAUAUUGCCAUUAGCACCAUUGUGGGAGUUGUUUUUUAAAGGACAUGAAGGCUUCUAUACAAUUUACCUCCAUAUAUCUUCCGAGUCCGUUGAUGAGCCUGUUGAAUCAUCAGUGUUCUACAAGCGUAGAAUACCUAGCAAGCCAGUAGAAUGGGGAAGAGCAACCAUGGUAGACGCAGAAAGAAGAUUACUAGCAAAUGCCCUACUUGACUUCUCUAAUGAAAGAUUCAUACUACUAUCUGAAUCCUGCAUUCCUCUGUUCAACUUCACAACUAUAUACAAGUACCUCAUCAACUCAAAACACAGUUAUGUAGGAUCAUUUGAUGACCCAAGAAAUGUGGGGCGAGGGAGAUACAACAAGCGUAUGGCACCAUCUAUACUAUUGUCAGAUUGGCGAAAAGGAAAUCAAUGGUUUGAAGUUCACCGAAAACUUGCUAUUGAAGUUGUAUCAGAUGUCACAUUAUACCCAAUUCUUCGAGAUCAUUGCAGGCCUCCAUGUUAUAUGGAUGAGCAUUAUUUAGCUACACUUGUCACGAAAAUUGGUUCAAACUCGAGCUCGAAUCGAAGCAUUACUUGGGUUGAUUGGUCUAGGCCUGGUUCGCACCCAACAAUGUUUGUGAGAAAGGAUGUUACAGAAGGAUUCUUGAGUCGAGUUAGAGGUCAGUCUGAUUGUUUUCUUAAUGAUGUGCCGGGCUCAUUUUGCUUCCUCUUUGCAAGGAAAUUUCAUCCUAAUACACUAGAGCCUUUGCUUAGGAUGGUACCUUUUUUAUUCGGGGGUAAAUGAUCAGAAUGAUCUUUCUCAUGCGAAUUUCUUUUGUUUUGUGCUGCUAUGAUUGGGAAUACCAAAAACUAGAAUUUUGUACGUAUUUGGUUGGGUAACUACUAACUAGAAUAUUGUGAUAAAUUAUGUUUCUUAUAGUUGUUUA